ACCACAAGGCAAACUUCAUCUUCUAGUCUGUCCCGCUUCCUCAGACCUCACAGCAAACGCCCAUCUCCCUGCCCCUUCGCUCACUCAGAAUAUCACCCCCUGCAUGUGCUCCCGUCCCACUCUGACCAUGUGGAGGAUGAACGGCAUCUCUAUCGUCCUGGUGCUCUGCACAGUACUGCUAUGCAAUGGUGUAGUGGGCCAAGAUGAUCUCGUAACAGCCACACCGGCAAGCGAUCCGGCCGCAGAUGACAGUGACGUCACGACUAUGGCAAUGGACUCGAAUGCCCAAGCAGAGACCACUGCUGCUCCAGAUUCAGGCGCCGUUCCGGUGGUGGAAGGAGACCACGACGCAGCUGCUGCAAAUACGCCUUCCUCAGAGACCGCUGACAACCAAGAAGGUGGCGCCUCGGGCACCACGGUUAGCACUCCUGGCGAUGAUGACACAGCAGUCGUGAAGUCGCACGAUUCGUCUGACCCCAUUACAGCAAAGCCCGUGGUGGUGUGUGUCGGGAAGGAGGACAUUGACGAGAGUAAAGCUGUCAAGGCUAUGGUCUCCUAUUCUGACUGUAUCGAGACGAAGUACAUCCUCGAACAAAGCAAUCUCCAGUGCUUCAUUGAAAAUUGUCAUAUCAAAGUCCACCAGGAGGGACAUAACAUACAAAUGGUCAGGAGUGAUGGCCAAACAGCCACUCUGGUUGAAGCACUCCACGGGGAAUUGAAAGAACAGCUGGGAGUGACAAAUUUGGAGCAACCGACAUCCUCAUCAUCAUCCUCAUCAGGCCGCUCGGUAUUUGUGGGGAUUCUGAUCACCGGUCUGCUGGUUGCCGCCGGCAUUAUUGCUGGUUACUGCAAAUGUCAACGUCGAACUGGCGCCAAGGGAGUCAAAUUGCAGGCAGAGGAGGCUUAUCCAGUGGAUCAGGAGAACCAGGGGAACACCCUCGUGUCCGUGGCUCCGCUCAGCCCCCCGGCAGAAACCCAAGAGAAACCCAACGUGAACGGGGAGACUCUCGAAGCCGCCAAGACCGAGUCUCCUCCCACCAACGGCCACUCCGCCGCCAAGACUGCAGACACUGAGAUGUGAAGCCCUCUUUAACCUCACACACGCACACACACAUACACACACAGAAUUCAAAACGCAAUUCAGAACCAACUAUGUAGUCAUCGGGACAGCCAUAUCUUCCCUUCUUUGGCGGUGUCCUGCAACAAGCAUCAGGAAAACUAGUCGGAUAAUGAUGAAAGUGGCAGUGGUGGACGUUAACGACGGCUCACUUCCUGACUUGUUGACGGCACUUGAGCUAGAGUUGGGAGACGAGCGCUUUCGGGCGGGGCCGGAAUGCAUUUUAGCAUGACUCACCCUCCACCGGGUCCCGCGAGAGCCGCAGCAGCUUCACACUGCCGACACCCAUCAGCCGGCGUGUUGGGCGCUCCACCCUUCCCACUAGAACAUACGACACAUACACACAUGUGCCUCAGUCAGUGACGAAGUUUUACUCCCUUGAAUUAUUGAGCAUGUUGAUGUGUGAAAGUGUGUGAGUAUCAUCCCGACCCCAUGCUGGCUUCUACGGCUAACUGUAUGCAUGCAUGACUUCAUGUGAUCUAGUUUCCAUUCUAAUGUAAACGUGUACAAAAGAUAUUGUUCCGCUGAAGUUCAACCUCAUCAUUUUUCACCACAAGUCACGCUGCCAAUGUGCCUUAAGGGGCAGGUUGAAAUUCACAAGAUUAACUGACUGUAUAAAUGUCUAACUUGGCAAAGCUACUCAUCAGUGUUAUUUUCGAUUCAUUAUACAGUAUUGUGUAUACAAUUUUUUUUUAAUCAGUAUUCUUAUGAGCGGUGUGAUGCAAUUGUUUUUUUUUUAUGCUAUGAGCAAGUCUGUUGUUUUGUUUCAACGUGCUAGUUUUGGUUUGAAAGCUGUUGGAAAACACGAACGCCGUGGCUCAUUUAACAAGGAAAACAAAUUACAUGGGGGUGCGUGGGUGACUUUUUUUUUUUUUUUUUUACAUUUUAGUUGCAAGAGCUUCAACA